GAACAUCGUGCUGGCGUCACACCUGAAGCCGCUGGAGAAAAAGGACAAGCUGGGUGAGCGCAGGAACGUGCUGUGGAAUCCCUGUGCAGCCCACGCCAAAACUCCCCAAGCCAGCGAUGUGGAAAUACCCCAGGAACUGGAUCAACUGCCCGGAACCUCUGCUGAAUUCUACAGAGAUUGGCGCAGAUGCUUAAAAAGCGGAAAAGAAAAAUACCAGUUUUUGCUUGAACUCGGAGGGAAGGCCUUGGGCAGAAUCUUUCAGGCUGACUUGGGCUUUGGCCUCCUGGGCGAAUUCCUUGCGGUGCUGGCGGAGAACGUCUGUCACGAAGACAGAGCUGCCGUCCUUCAGAUCUUAGAGAGCCUUUCGGGCACCAAGCGCUUCGGGUUAAACGUGGAGCUUCUGAGUGAGCUGGAGAAGGAGAGCAGCAGGGAUUUAUUUAGGAAGCUGCGGAGUGCCAGCGGGGAUUAUGGGCCCCCCGGUCAGCCCAGCAGCCCAACGGAGAGGGAAGCGCAACUCAGGGACACCGGCGUCCAAAAGGAGGCUGAGGAGGAGAGGGUGGUGAUGGAGCUGAUGAAACGUUACCAGGUCAACUGA